CAGGGGUGGAGGUGAAGCCUGACAUCUCUCUGGACCCUGUUGGCUUCCCCUGACCGACGACUGCCUACUCUUGGGCGACCCUCAGGGUCCAGCCACAUCUGGAGAAGGUCUCCGCUCAACAGGAAGCCCUUUGCCACCAGAAGCAUGAGUGAUUCAGACCCAUUGUCCACCACACCCAAUCAAGAUCUCCACUCCCCAUCUUUGUACUACCCUUAUAGCAACCUCGGAGAAGGACGGGCCCACUUGCUGCCCUCCAAACCUUGCCGUCCACGCUCAUCCAGACUGUUGUCCACCGACCUGUCCCCCCCUCCCUUGCCUCAGAAGACCCUCGGCCGGACCCGUUCUCUUCCCACCUGCAAGACCGUUCAUUACUCCGGUGGCUACAGCUCCCUUCCCAGCAGGGAGCGUCAACUCAGCUCAGGCCCGACCUGGGGAAAGCUGAGGAGACCCCUGCAGGAGUCUCGGAGCCUCGAAGAUGUCCCCUACGGCCGGCUGGGCCACUGUGGGCCGGACCCUCGCCAGCUGAGCUUCGCCACCCCGGACUGGGAGCUGGGGCGUUUCUUCCAGGAUUUGAGCAGCCCCCAGGAGGUGUACAAAGUGCUCAGAGGCCGCCAGUUAGAUUCCCUGCGCUGCAUGGCGGCCCGGCUCGGGGCUCGCCUAUCGGGGCCAUGGCCCGGCAGGGGCGGUCCGGGCCAGGGCUUCCGCCUUCUGGAUGACAAGCCUUGCGUGGAGAGCGGGGAUGCCUGGUACUACAGGGUGGCUCGGGUCACCGAGGACACCUGGCACCUCCUGGCCGCCAAGGUCCCCAAGCCCUGGUCAAUGACUCCUGAGCCCCCGGAUGCUGAGCCCCCCGGGUUGGCCCUCCAGGCCACACUCAAGCCUCAUUUCAAUGUGCAGAGCCUGUGCGGCCAGCUGCCAGCAAGGGCACUACCAGGGGCACCGUGGCAAAGGGCAGCGGCACUGGUGGCUGAGGUGCCCACUCAGACGGUGGCUGAUUGGAUCGGUGCCAACAAGGAACUACACUGGAGCUGCCCGGGACAGUACGAACGACAGGCUUGCCUCUUGCUGCUCCAGCUAUGUGGGGCCUUGACACAGCUGCAUGUGGACAGCCUGGGCCACGGGGACCUGCGGCCCGAGAACCUGCUUUUGGCAUCGCCCCGGGGCCAGCCCACAGGGACCCUGCCCCAGCUGCUCCUCACCAACUUUGCCAGAGCCCAGCCCCUGGUACCGCAGAUCCUAGCCGGCAAGAUGAGCUUCAGCUGGGCCUCCUUAUCUAUGAGAUGCUGGGCCAGGGCCUGGCCUUGGCCCACGCCCGGGGGGCAUCUGUACCCCCUCUACCCAUCCUCGGCCUACUCAUUGGCUCUGGCCCGCUUAACCCCACAUUUGCUGCAGGCUGAGCCACACAGCCGGCCCUCGGCGGCACAGGUCCGAGUGGCCCUGCAGACCGUGCUAUGGGGGCCUGGGCCUGAGCUCCUGACUCAAAAUCUCCUGGGGCCCUGGAUGGACAUCCACCGGGCCCUGCUGCCCCUGGACCUGGCAGAGCGGCUGGUGGGCAGUGGGGAGGCUGCAGGACUUGAAGAUUGGCUCUGCUGCCAGUAUCUGGCAGAAGCCUCCGAAUACAUGGUGGGCUGGGCUCUGGAGCUCCUCUGGGGGACUGAGUGCUCUUGGAAACCCCCAGAGAAUCUCCUGGAUCUCUAAGAGGCUCCCACUCCAGAUGUGAUUGGAGAAGAGCCUUCCGUCUGCCAUUUUCUCGUUCCCCUCUUUUCCGCCCUCCCAACCCAGAACUUGGUAUCUUUUGAGAAAGACCACCGGCUACAGGACGCUCUGCACAGAUGUCUUGCCUGCCCCCCAUCUUCUGAAUGGGGGCUCCCUGUGUUUAACCUAAAUAUAAAUAUUGAAUCUGAAUGUCAGAAGGACCAUUUCAUCCAAUAUCUUCAUCUCAUAGCUGACACCACGAGAGGGAAAUUGUUUGUUAGGGGGUCACACAGGAGGGUCUCCAGGCUACCCCUUGCAGAACAUUCAUGCAUUAAAUGAAAUAAAAUCUGCAAAACACUUA